AUGGUCGAACAAGAAAUGGAAUCCUUUGUAAUGAAUCCCAUUGAUUUAAACAAUGAAAGUACAUUGUUUGUAAUCGAUUGUUCUCCUGCAAUGCUGACUCCUCGUAAUGGCAGGGUUCCUGUCUUACAAGUCUUGCACUACUUGGAAAAAAUAUUCUUGAAUAAGAUGCAUGAUUCUAAAGAGGACCGUGUUGGUAUACUAUUAUACAACACUGGUCUUUUAGAUGCAAGUGCGGAUAAACACGCUUGUUUUUUCUACGAUCUGAAUUACCCGUCAACAAAGCUUAUCAACCAUAUGAGUGACCUGUCAACAGGAUGGCUAUCCUUUGAUGAGAUUUAUGGAUCGACUAGAGAUGGGAUAUCAUUAGAACAAGUCUUAUGGAUGGCAACCGAUGCCUUCAAGUCAAAGGGAACCGGAGCCCAGCUUGGCAGAAAACAGAUUGUAUUGAUUACCACCCAAGAUGAUCCUCACAGUGACCAACCAGAAGAAAGAACAGAAGCUCUUAGAUAUAUCGAGAGUCUCCAUCAAUCCUUGGUUACCAAACGUGCGGAAUCAAGCCGACACGACGAUAGAAAUUCGGAUAUUGAAGAUCCAAAUGAAUUCGGUCAUCCUGAUAUUUUUGGCGGCUAUCAAUCUAGCCAAUCAAAUGUGAUCCAGAGUCCAUCCUCUAUUCUGAAAAAAGUGCUUCCAAUGGUUACUCAAAACCGAGGACUCAGAAACACGGCAUUCCACCUGCCACUUCAUUUGACAGAAGGAGCGACAAUUGGUGUUACUGGUAUUUCUGUUGCUAGGCGACAAAAAAGACCAAAUCUUGUGGAAGUAACAAAGAACGAAGGGGGAGUAGAACUAGUCGAGAAAUCGACAUAUUACGAAGAUAUGGACACGGGCCAGAAUCUCCGUCUGGAUACAAUAUCUAGUGCGUUUGAAUAUGGAAUUGUUGUGCUUGGAUUUAAACCGCGUAAAGCCCAUUUACCGCACCACACUAUUGGCCGUACCUAUUUUAUUGCUCCCGACGAAUCAGCUUAUUCGGGUAGCACUGAAGUAUUGAGAGCUUUACACACCACCUUGACAAAUUCAGACAAGAUAUGCUAUACCUUUUGUGUAUUUAGUGGUAAUUCUGCACCAAGAGUUAUGGUAUUAAUGCCACAGAAAUCUCCGUCUGGAUUUGCUGGCAUCCUUUUGCCGUAUACUGAAGAAAUUCGAGCCUUGCCGAUAGAAUCAACUCCGGAAGUUUCAAAACCAUUGUUGGAAUCAGCAGAAAGGCUUGUUGGACAUCGUAAACCAAAUGAUGAUGAUAUCUGGGGAUAUCCUGAUCCAUCAAUCGAGAGACACCGUAGAUUACUAGAUGCCAUUGCACUCCAAAGAGACAUACAAGAAAUAACCGAACAGCCAUUGACUGAACCCGUUGAUCGAACAUUGGAACCAUUUAUCAACCAAUUUAAGGCUACUGUAACCAGAGAGAAUAAUCUAUAG